AUGCAAGCGGCGAAAUUUCCAGUUAAUGAAUGUUCAGGAGCGUCUCAUUCAAUUAAAGUAGCAUUUCCUGAUAUAUCUGUACUGGUUCCAGUUGACUCAUUAUCACGUAGUGUUUCAUGGUUAGCUACAGAAGCCUAUCGUCGACGUCAAAUUCUAAUGGGGCUUAAUACAAAUACUCCGUCGGCGGAUUACAGUGAAUUAGUUCGUUUAAGUACUCGUGAUAGAGCCUUACUUCUUCCAUCGGAUCGUUUAUAUGCCGUUAUUCCAAAUCUAAGUCAAUCUGGAUGUAUUGUUGAACUUCUUGCUGAAAUGAAUGAAUCAAUCGGGAAACAUGCAUUAACUUCUAGCAGUAGUCAAUCAAAUCAACCUGCACAAUUCCCUCAUCCUGUUGUGUAUUCAUCACAGCUGAAUUAUGAAUCAAGACCGAAUGAAUCACCUAACGAAUCACUACCACCAUCUUUCUAUCGUUUCAUUAUUGAUAAAGCUAGAAGUACAGGUGUUGUGGAUCUUUCACAUCUUGGCAUGGAUAAUUCAGAGUGUUGUAAAUCUUUAGGUUAUAUCGUCCGUGGUGGGAUUCGUGUUAUUACAGAUAUCCAACUUCAAGGUAAUUCAUUGACAACUGAUGUAUUGGACAUUGAAAAUAUUUCAACUAAUUGUUUUUGUUUAAAUCUACUGGGUUAUUUAAGUCAAAUUUCAUCACAAUUAAUUAAAUUAAAUCUAAGCAUGAAUCUAUUCAAUGGACAGUUUAUCAAACGAUUAUUGAAUGGUUUAUCAAAACAAUUUAAAGAAAAUGAAAGCCCCCGUGUCCUAAUGCCUAGACUUCAAUAUUUAAAUCUAAGUUAUAAUCCACUUCUUGGUAGUGGUUAUAAACAUAUGGAUUUUCAUGUCAUGAAAACAUUUGAUCAUGAAAUAAUAAUGAAUAAAAACUGUACAAACUAUUGUUGGACAGAAUGCAUUAAUGACAUCUUGAAAGCUUUUCCUAAAUUAACUUAUUUCAAUUUGGCUGGAUGUUCAUUAGGAAAUAGUGCUACAGAGAAUUAUCAAGAUAUGCAUGGUAGUGGAAAAAUUCUCUAUAGUAUAAAUACAGAUUCCCUUGUAUCCUGUUUAUCUGAGCUGGAUUUAAGCUGGAAUCCGCAUAUAUCUCCUAGUCAAUUAGUCAGUUUAUUUUCUAUGAAUGCUUUAAAAGCUUUACGAUGUCUACGUUUACGAGGAUGUUCUACACCGAGUAGUAGUAAUGCUAACGCGUUAACACUGAAUCAAUGCCCAAUCAGUUUACCUAUUGAUUCAUUUGAAUUAUCCUCAUUCAACUGGUUAUCAUCAAAUUAUGCAUCAACAAUGUUUACAAAAGAAAUGGAAAAGUUAAACAGCUUGGAUAAACCAUCAUCAGGGGAUGAAUUGUUAAAGGCAUUGUGUUCUGUCUUAAUAACUGGGGAGAUUCGUUUGCAAACUCUGGAUAUGGGACAUUGUCAAUUAACCUAUCAUUCAUUGACAAGUUUGAAAAGCUUAUUCGGUACACCUGGAUCAUCUAUCACUACACUGAUAAUUGAUCAUAAUCCAAUGUUAAGAAAUGUAAUCAUCUCAGAUACACAACCAUCUCCAUCAUGGAUUCGAGUACUUCAAGCCACUACUCAAUCAGCUUCAGCAUUGGUCAGUCUGACAAUUGAUUUGCCUCAGAUUCCAGAGAAUAAUCUCGAUGCUUUGACAACUGCAUUCACUGCCGUCGAAUCAAAACUGUUACCGGUCUUAUCACCUACACCUUUACAAGAAUUAGUUAUUGUUCAUUACAAGGCUAUUCAAUGGACACCUCCUAACUUUUGCACUGACAGUAACAAUAACAAUAGUAAUAAUAAUAGUAAUGCUCAGGUCAAUACAAAUUCAGGCGAUAAUACUGCUAUUCAUCGUUUCUUAUCUAUGCUGUCAAAUUUAUUUACAACACGUUUUGGUAAAAUGGUUAAAAUUACUAAUAAAAAUUAUCGUGUUACUUUUAGCAUUUUGUGA